GGAAGAGGUGGGCUCUUGGCUUCGCCCUCGACGCCAGCCUAGAAGAUGCUGAGUCCGGCAGCCUCCCUUGACCCAGAGCCUGCGAGCGCCCCAGUCCCCGACAACGUCCCCGCGGGCACGAGCGCCGCCCCAGGACCCCCGGAAAGGCCCGCGGGACGGCGCGCGCCGCCGGGGCUGGAGGAGGCUCUGAGCGCGCUGGGGCUGCAGGGAGAACGCGCGUACGCCGGGGACAUCUUCGCCGAGGUCAUGGUGUGCCCUGCGCUGCCCCAGACGACCCUGCCCCGCACCGUGACCCCAGAGAUGCGCGCACUCGUGGUGGACUGGCUGGUCCAGGUGCAUGAGUACCUGGGCCUGGCGGGGGACACGCUCUACCUGGCCGUGCACCUGCUCGAUUCCUACCUGCGCUCCAGCCGGGUGCGCCUACACCGCCUGCAGCUGCUGGGCAUGGCCUGCCUGUUCGUGGCGUGCAAAAUGGAAGAGUGCGUGCUUCCCGAGCCCGCCUCCCUCUGCCUCCUGGGCGCUGGCUCCUUCUCCCAGGCCGAGCUUCUGCGAGCCGAGCGCCGCAUCCUGAGCCGCUUGGAUUUCCGCCUGCACCACCCAGGUCCACUCCUCUGCCUGGAGCUACUGGCUGCUCUGGCCGGGAGCAAACCCCAGGUGAUACUUCUUGCCACCUACUUCCUGGAACUGUCUCUACUGGAGGUCGAGGCAGCUGGGUGGGAGCCCAGUCGCUGCGCAGCUGCGGCGCUGAGCCUGGCGCACCGUGUGCUCCACGAGGCGGGCUCUGGGUUGGAGCCGGCACUUUACAGCCCCGCGGAGUUGGACCCGCUGGAGCCGUGCAUGGCCCGCGCGGUGCUCCGAGGCCCCGCACCCGGCCGUGCUGCCAUCUUCCUCAAGUAUGCGAGGCCACAGCGUCGGGGCACCAGCUUCUUUGCUGCCCGCCUGCUCUGCUGUCCCCAGCCGGGACCCCCUUGAGCCCCGAAACCCGUCAAAAAAGACUCAAUGUGUGUCUGUCUCCCACUUCAAUAAAAGAGUUUCUUUUAUUCCGA